AUGACAGAUUCUUCAUUUCCAGUUACAGGUUCUGACACGAUCCAAGUUGUCAAGGAGAAAAUCGAGGAAAUUAAAGGCAUAGAGAGCCAACUUCAGACGUUAUCCUUUCAAGGCGAAGAACUUGAGGAACUUCGUCUGCUUUUCACUUAUGACAUUGAAGAGGGCUCAGUUCUUGAGAUUUGCCAGCGGCCAGAAGAAAAGAUACAAAUAUUCGUGAAGGACCUUACUGAUCAGUCAUUAAAAUUUGACAUUAAUCUUUCCGAUCAUGUUGAAGUGCUCAUGAAUAUGAUCAAGGCAAGGACUAAUCUG